CUUGUCAUUCAGACAUCCCAGGAAUUCAACACGGCUAGGAGCAAGCCAGCUCGGCACAACAAGGACAUUUUAAGUUAAAAUUGCGUCCUUGUCUCCGAGAACGGUGGAGGAACUCUCGCUUGUUGUCAAAAUAGGAAAAAGAAAGGCGGGAAGUGUGAGCUACAGAGUGCGAUUGAUGUUGCACACUUGUGUCAGCAUCAUGCAGAUGUAAAGUGAGACUCCAGAGAUUCCCUGCCAUCCUCCCCUGUGCUGCAGGCCUGGACUGAGUGUCAUCCUCUUCAUCCCCAUCAUCGUCAUCAUACAUGCUCUUACAUGAAGAGGGGGGAGAAACCCGAAGGAUACAGACAGAUGAGACCCAAAACGUUUCCCGCCAGCAACUGCAGUGGCAACAGCCAACACAUGCUGCAGGAAAUCAGAAACAGCCUGCGGAACCUGUCCAAGCCCUCUGACCCACCUAAAAUGGACAUUGGCGGAGCUGGGAAAAUGCUCCCAGAGGACCCGAGGCAACAGGGGCGCUCCAGCAACCCCAAACACCACUACCAGAAGGCUUUACAGGAGAUCCGCAAGUCCCUGAUGCCUUUCGCCAAUGAGCCCGGCACUUCAGGCUCUUCAGCAGAGGGGAACAAACACAUGCAGCUGGAGCAGCAGUGCGCUGGGUUCGAGGAGCAGCAUAUCAGUCGCAGUAUGGGGGCAACUAUAGACUACAUGGGGAAGGUGACCUACCAGGACUCAAUGAGGGAACAGAUGGUUUCCAACCCCAACAAUACAGGCCUGAAAGCCCCAGGUUCUUCUCACAUGCAGCAGGCUGUGCUGCGGCGGCCGAGCUGGAAGGGCUCCAAGGAGUCUUUGGCCCCUCGACACGGCCCCAUCAUGGUGGACGGAAUUAUGUACCGCUCCGACAGCCCCGGCCCGCCUCCCGCCUUCCCACAGGGUCACCCGGGCAACGGCCAGAGAGUCAACCCUCCCCUGCCGCCUCAGGUGCGCAGCGUCACACCCCCACCGAACCGGGGUCCCAUGCCUCCCGCUCCAUCCUGGGACAACAACCCGUCAACCAAACGCUACUCCGGCAACAUGGAAUUUCUCGUGCCUCGCAUCUCUCCGGUACCUCAGGGGGCCUGGCCCGAUGCGUACCCAGCUCCCGCCCCUCAGAAUCAGCGAGGCAUCAGCCCCGUGCCUGUGGGCCACCAGCCUAUCAUCAUGCAGAGCUCCGGGGGGAAUAAGUUUAGCUUUCCACCCAGCUGGUCUCAGAAUAGCUCUACUCAGCAAGAUUACAUGGCGGGUGGAAACAGGCAGCCUCCUCCCCCCUACCCGGUCAACCAGAGCAGCCGGCACAGUCCCACUGACCAGCAGAUGCAGACAGGAGGACCGGCAUCCUCUCCCUCUUACGUCAACGGCGGGAACAUCCCUCAGUCUAUGAUGGUCCCCAACCGAAACAGCCACAACCUCGACAUGUACAACAUAGUUCCUCAGUCCUGGUCCCCCAACCAGCCCCCGUCUUCCUCCGGCAACAGCAGCAACCAGGACCUGUCCCCGUCGUGGCAGCACAACAUGCCGGUGCGCUCCAACUCCUUCAACAACCACCAGCUGAACGGCAGACAGGCGCACCAGGCCAGCUCUCAGCCCUCUGCCACCACCGUCACCGCCAUCACACAGGCUCCCAUCCUGCAGCCGGUCAAAAGCAUGCGCGUCCAGAAACCCGAGCUGCACACCGCCGUCGCCCCCACACACCCCCCAUGGAUGCAGCAAGCUCCGCCGCCUCAAGCCGCGCCCGCCUACCCUGAACCUCCAGCCCCCGUCCCUCAGAUUCCGGUAGUAGCAGAAGUACCCAGCUACCAGGGGCCUCCUCCUCCCUACCCGAAGCGUCUACGUCAACAGCAAGCAGCACCCUCACCGCCUGCGUACGACCCGGGGGUUAACAGGAGGGAGGAGCCAGCUGAAGAGGAGGCUGGCGGCGGCGGAGACAACCAGAAUCCAGAAAGCACAGCGGCCACAGAGAAGGAGAACAAACAGAUCACGACAUCGCCCGUUCCCGUGAGGCGCAACAAGAAAGACGAGGAGCGAAGGGGAGAGACCGGCAGGAUCGGUCUGUACUCCCCCCAGGCUUUCAAGUUCUUCAUGGAGCAGCACGUAGAGAACAUCCUGAAGAACCACCAGCAGAGGAUCAGACGGAGGAAACAGCUGGAGAGCGAGAUGCAGAGGGUGGGUUUGUCUUCAGAAGCUCAGGAGCAGAUGCGAAUGAUGCUUUGCCAGAAAGAGUCCAACUACAUCCGGCUAAAGCGAGCCAAGAUGGAUAAAUGCAUGUUCAAACGAAUCAAGACCCUCGGCAUCGGAGCCUUCGGCGAGGUGUGCCUGGCCAGAAAAGAGGACACAGGAGCGCUCUACGCCAUGAAGACGCUCCGUAAGAAGGACGUGCUGCUGAGGAAUCAGGUGGCCCACGUCAAAGCCGAGAGGGACAUCCUGGCAGAGGCCGACAACGAGUGGGUGGUGCGUCUCUACUACUCCUUCCAAGACAGAGACAACCUGUACUUCGUGAUGGAGUACAUCCCCGGAGGAGACAUGAUGAGCCUCCUCAUCCGGCUCGGCAUCUUCAAAGAAGAUCUGGCGCAGUUCUACAUCGCCGAGCUUACCUGCGCCGUGGAGAGCGUCCACAAGAUGGGCUUCAUUCACCGAGACAUCAAGCCAGACAACAUCCUCAUAGACCGAGACGGACACAUUAAGCUGACCGACUUCGGCCUGUGCACCGGCUUCCGCUGGACGCAUGACUCCAAGUAUUACCAGAGUGGGGACCAUGUGAGGCAGGACAGCAUGGACUUCAGUAAGGAAUGGGAGGAUCCAACCAACUGCCGCUGCACAGACCGUCUGAAGCCUCUGGAGAGAAGGAAGGCCAGGCAGCACCAGCGCUGUCUGGCCCACUCACUGGUGGGGACGCCUAACUACAUCGCACCAGAAGUGCUGCUGCGUACAGGAUACACCCAGCUUUGUGAUUGGUGGAGUGUUGGUGUCAUCUUAUAUGAGAUGGUUGUAGGACAGCCUCCCUUCUUGGCGACCACGCCCCUGGAGACACAACUGAAGGUGAUAAACUGGAAGAGCACACUGCACAUUCCCCCGCCGGCCAAGCUCAGCCCCGAGGCGUCCGACCUCAUCGUCAAACUGUGCCGCGGCCCCGAAGACCGCCUGGGCAAGAACGGCACGGACGAGAUCAAAGCUCACCCUUUCUUCAAACACAUCGACUUCUCCAGCGACCAGAGGCAGCAGGCGGCGCCCUACGUCCCCACCAUCGCCCACUCCACGGACACCUCCAACUUCGACCCCGUGGACCCGGAUAAGCUGUGGAGCAGCGACAGCGACGGCGAGGACAACCUCAACGACACGCUCAAUGGCUGGUUCCGCAACGGCAAGCACCCCGAGCACGCCUUCUACGAGUUCACCUUCCGACGCUUCUUCGAUGACAACGGACACCCGUACAGCUGCCCCAAACCCAUCGAGUACGAGGGCCUCAACGAGGACGAGGCGGACCCCGAGGGCCCGGCGCAGGAGGCGGCUGGCGGUCAGGCGGCACAGGGCCGAGACUUGGUGUACGUGUAGCGGCCGAGGCUCACGCUUGUACAUUAGGAGCUUGUGGAGGGUGUUUGUGUGUGUGAAGGGGGGGUUCAGCAUUUAAAACAUCAACAUAGGAAACAAAGUAUGUUAGUAGGAGCAGUCAGAGUGCUCUGCAGCACUGCAGAUCCAACUGCGUCAAGCCUGAGCUGCUCUGAUAUUUACCAUAGCAGCUUCAAAUACACUAAUGGGUUAGGGUUAAUUAAUUAUCUAAUAGUUACAGCUCUAAUUUAUUAGACUUUAAGUGAAAACUGUAAAGAAACAGAAGCAAACCUCUCCUCUCUUUAAUUCUUUUUAAGAGCCAAAUUCAUUCUAUAAUUAGUCUCAUUGACAUAUUUCUCUGUUUCUGCUGUCAGUCAGUGGAACGAAUAAAAAAAAAAAAAUCAAAGUGAUUUAAUCUCAGUUCAUAUGCUGAUCAUCGUCUGUUUAAUUACAACAACUGUGCUGCUGAUCCAGAGCUGAAAGCUUUAGUUGAUUUAUAGACUACAGAACAAUCAUUGACACUAUUUUGAUGAUUAAGUAACGGUUAUAGUCUAUUUUUCGUUUCUUUUCUUUUUUUAAAGCAAAACAUUGCUGCUUAAUGUGAGGAUUUAAUGCUGCUUCAUUAUGUUAUUAAACCUUUGAGAUUAUAACUGUUAGUAGGAUAAGAUAAACGUUUUUUAAUUUAAUCCACAAUCAAGAUAAUCUUAUGCUGCAGCCCAGGUGUGAUUGGCUAUAUUAACAUCUAAAAUGAAAUAAAAAAAGUGAAAGCCACAAAGCAUCUAAAUCAGCUCUAAACAUGUAUUCAGUGAGCUUAUAAAACAUGAAACAUCAGUAAACAGCUCUUAACUACAAGAAGAUCAGACACUCUGCUUCUCACAUGUUUAAGACAUCGAGAGCACGACACAGCUGGAUCUGCUGUACGAUGUGCGCUGCCUGAACAUCGGACAGUCACAGAAAGCUCUUUGCAGAAACCCCCUUAAAGCCUUAAUUUAUUGAAGAAACUGUAAGUGGUGAUGCUAGCGUAUAGAUGCUGUUUGAGUGUGGGAAUUCUCAUUUAUCGGAAAACAAAUCGUCUUAAUUUAUAUUUUAAUGUCUGUUGCGAUGGGGAUUUUUUUAGUGACGUGACUCCUAGAAAUUUGCAGGGAUAAAUUGCUCUAAUUAUUCAUUGCUGUGCCUUUUGUUUUGUUUUUUUGUUAUCUUUCACCAAAUAUACAGAGGGUAAAUAAUCAGACUGGCAUUUUAAAAUGAGAGUAGAGGUAGCUGAUUGAACUACGGUAGCUUUUUGUUGUUUUAUUUUUCUAAUUUAUACCUAAAAAUGUAUUUAUAAAUUAAGUUGUAUAGAGUUGAUGUAAAUAUUGUUCUCUUCCCUGUCGCAGUUUUUUUUCUUUUCUUUUUUUUUUUAGGGCAGGCCCUCUUCAGUGUCCUCUGCUGCCUUCUGUUAAUAUGUUGUGUACUUUCUGUCUGUCAAACAUCUAAAAAUAACCACAACACUAACUCACAGGACUCUAAUAGACCAACUUUAUGCUCGUCUCUCAACCAAAGCACUAAAUAGAACAUUUACUUAGAAGAUAAUGUUCACAAGACCAUGAAACUAGCUUUUCUUGGCUUAUACACUAUCAAUGAGAAACACCUUGCUUUUAGGCUACUAACCACUUCAUUCUAAAGUGCUCUACAUUGUGUGCACGGACCUUCCUUCACACUUACUUUCUUAUUUCCCGUCUUUUAAGAACACUACGGCCGACUGUUUUGGGGGUUUUAUUGCGUACUGAAAGUAAAAAACUGGAUUAAUGGACUUCUAUGUGAUACAUUUUUGUAACCCGCUGUACUUUGUGUGUGUGUGUGCCUGUGUGUGCGCGUGCUCUCUGAAUGUAGACUUAAUGGACUUAAUGGUGACCACUGGCGUCCUGCACUGGUUUUGCGUUGUCAGGUUAAGUGAGAGAAUUUUAUUUUUGUGUACGUUGUUGCUCUGGGAGGUUUGGUACAGGGAAGAGUGAUAAAUAAAGAAUGUAAAGAAGAAAACAUGUUUCACAUGCACAACAACCGUGUCCUGUUGUCAGUAUCAUCAGAGAGAAACAGACAAGUGGUUUCAAGUGGUCUUGUUCAUGUCACUAAAUAGGUAACAAUAAGAGCUGUAGUGAUGAUCCAUUA